CAAGACAAACAGCCGGUGCCCAGGGACUGUGUCCAGCUGUCUCUUCUCUCCACAGAGCUAGAAGCUGGGAGCCCCUGCCUUGCCCACCCUCCAGCCCUCCCAGCCCGCUGCUUCCCCAGGGAAGCUAUGGGGCUAGGGGCUCUGCUGAUCCUGCUGGUGGCUACUGCUUGGCUUGGCCAGGGCACCCCGGUCAUUGAACCCAGUGGACCGGAGCUUGUUGUGGAGCCAGGGACAGUGGUGACUCUGCGGUGUGUGGGCAACGGCAGCGUGCAGUGGGAUGGCCCCACGCCCCCCCUCUGGAAGCUGGAUCCUGACAAUCCCAGCAGCAUCUGGAUCACAAACAAUGCCACCUUUCAACACACGGGGACUUACCGCUGCUCCGAGACCGGGGGGCUUUCGGGGGGCACUGCCUCCAUUCACCUCUACGUCAAAGACCCUGUCCGACCCUGGAAGCUGCUGGCAGAAGAGGUGACAGUGUUCGAGGGUGAGGAUGCUGUGCUGCCCUGCCUGCUCACUGACCCAGCUCUGAGCGCACAUGUCUCACUGAUGCGUGAGCGUGGCCGACCUGUGGGGCGCCACAUCGUCUAUUCCUUCUCACCUUUGCGUGGCUUUACCAUCCACAAGGCCAAGUACCUUGACAGCCACUACUACCAGUGCAGAGUUUUGGUGAAUGGCAGGAUGGUCCCGAGUCUUGGCAUCAAGCUCAAAGUGAACAAAGUCCUCAAAGGGCCUCCCGCCUUGACACUGGAGCCUACAGAGCUGGUGCGGAUUCGAGGGGAGAAUGCCCAGAUUACAUGCAAAGCCACUGAGCCUGGCGUCCACUUCUACGUCUUACUCAAACACGGAGACACCAAGCUCAACAUCUCUCAAGAAGUUGACUUCCAGGAUAACAAAUAUCAUAAAGUGCUGGCCCUGAACCUGAGUGCUGUAGACUUCCAAGACUCUGGCAAUUAUACCUGCCUGGCCACCAAUAGCAUGGGUGUCCGUUCGAACUCUAUGAUUCUCCAGGUGGUAGAAAGUGCCUACUUGAACUUGACCUCUGAGCAGAAUCUCCUCCAGGAGGUGACUGUGGGAGAAAGCCUCAACCUCAAAGUCAAGGUGGAUGCCUACCCUGGCCUACAAACGUACAGCUGGACCUAUCUGGGGCCCUUCUUUGACCACCAGCCCAGUCUUGAUUUUAUCAUCAAGAAGGACACAUACAGCAGGUACUCUACCCUCCUCUCCCUGCCCCGCCUGAAGCCCUGGGAGGCCGGCCGCUACUCCUUCAGGGCCCGGAACGCAAGAGGCUGGAGCGCGUUGACCUUCAACCUCACCCUGCAAUAUCCUCCCGAGGUCAGUGUGACGUGGGCCCGCAUCAAUGGCUCCAAUAUCCUCUUCUGUAAUGUCUCUGGGUACCCUCAGCCCAAUGUGACAUGGCUGAUGUGCCGGGGCCACACAGAUAGAUGUGAGCGAGCGCAGAUGCUGCAGACCUGGGAGGACUCAGAACUCAAGGUGCUGUACCAGGAGCCCUUUCGCAAAGUGAUCGUGCAGAGCCAGCUGAUUGUUGGGGCCUUCCAGCACAAUACGACCUACGAGUGCAGGGCCCACAACAGCGUGGGCAACAGCUCUGAGACCUUCAGGGCUGUCACCUCAGAAUCUGUUGUGAAGCCCCCCGAGGGGUCCCUCUUCAUGCCGGUGGUGGUCUCCUGCCUGGUUGUCAUGACCUUCCUGCUGCUGCUGCUCUUGUACAAGUACAAGCAGAAACCCAAGUACCAGAUACGCUGGAAGAUCAUUGAGAGCUACGAGGGCAAUAACUACACCUUCAUUGACCCUACCCAGCUGCCCUACAAUGAAAAGUGGGAGUUCCCUCGCAACAACCUGCAGUUUGGUAAGACCUUGGGAGCUGGCGCCUUUGGGAAAGUUGUGGAGGCCACAGCCUUCGGUCUGGGCAAGGAAGACGCUGUCCUGAAGGUGGCUGUGAAGAUGCUGAAAUCCACGGCUCAUGCUGACGAGAAGGAGGCCCUGAUGUCCGAGCUGAAGAUCAUGAGUCACCUGGGCCAGCAUGAAAACAUAGUCAACCUCCUGGGAGCCUGCACCCAUGGAGGCCCUGUCCUGGUCAUCACGGAGUACUGUUGCUAUGGGGACCUGCUCAACUUUCUGAGAAGGAAGGCUGAAGCUAUGUUGGGACCCAGCCUGAACCCAAGUCAGGACCCUGAGGGGGAAACCAGCUAUAAGAACGUGCACCUGGAGAAGAAAUACAUCCGCAGGGACAGUGGCUUCUCCAGCCAGGGCAUGGAUACUUAUGUGGAAAUGAGACCAGUCUCCACUUCUUCAAAUGACUCCUUCCCUGAGCAAGAUUUGGACAAGGAGGAAAGUCGGCCGCUGGAACUCUGGGAUCUGCUCCACUUCUCCACCCAAGUGGCUCAGGGAAUGGCCUUCCUGGCUUCCAAGAAUUGCAUCCACCGUGACGUGGCAGCGCGCAAUGUGCUGCUCACCAAUGGGCACGUGGCCAAGAUUGGAGACUUUGGGCUGGCUAGGGACAUCAUGAAUGACUCCAACUACAUUGUCAAGGGCAACGCCCGCUUGCCUGUGAAGUGGAUGGCCCCAGAGAGCAUCUUUGACUGCAUCUACACUGUGCAGAGUGACGUCUGGUCCUAUGGCAUCCUCCUCUGGGAGAUCUUCUCACUGGGACUCAACCCAUACCCUGGCAUCCUAGUGAACAGCAAGUUCUACAAAUUGGUCAAGGAUGGAUAUCAAAUGGCCCAGCCUGCGUUUGCCCCAAAGAACAUAUAUAGCAUCAUGCAGGCCUGCUGGGAUCUGGAGCCCACCCAGAGACCCACCUUCCAGCAGAUCUGCACCCUCCUUCAGAAACAGGACCAAGCACACAGGAGAGAGCAGGAUUACGCCAACCUGCCAAAUAGUAGCAGCAGUAAUGGAGAUGGUUGUGGCAGCAGCAGCAGCAGCAACAACAGCAGCAGCAGCAGCAGCAUGGAGCCUGAGGAGAGUGCUAGUGAGCACCUGGCCUGCUGUGAGCCAGAUGCUGCCCAGCCACUGCUGCAGCCCAACAACUACCAGUUCUGCUGAGGCAGUGAGGGCCAGCGCACUGCUCUUCUCCUCCAAGCUUCAACUCCCCCAAUGGGUAGGGCAACAUGGGCAAACACACGGAACUCUGCCCUGGCUCAUUUCACUCAGCUUGGUCCACUCUGAAACUUUGGAAUUUGAGGAGUCCAGAAGAUGAGACGCCCAAUUCCCAGAGCCUAGGCCAUCACUGCCAAUAAGGGGCUGAGCCCCUCAUACCUGUUCUCUUGACUUUGGCCUCGUAUUUGCUGUGUCAACUAUUAGACCCCAGGUCACUGGUGGCCUUGUUCCCACUUCUAAGAACCCCACCCCUAGUUCCCUCAUGCCUUCCUGGAAAUGAACUGACUACCUACAAGUCCCCAAGAACUGCCCUAAUAUUGAGAUGACCAGGCUGCCUGGGGCUGAGCAGUCUGGAAGUGGUGCAAUUGCCUACCCUGACCACGUAGAGCACAGCCCAGAUACCUGCAGCCCACAGGCCCCUUGGAGCAAGAUGUCUCAAUUCUAAGACUCUUAACUAGUUCUCUGGUCUCUGCCUAUGGCCUUCCUUCCUCAACCCUACCCCACCCUGGACCUGGUAGUGCUAUAAUGAACCUAGUGGCAGCUAGAAGUGUGUGUGGAGGGCAUUCUGCCAAGAUCCCUGUCAAUCUGGGUUAGAAGGCAGAGGGCCGUGGUAUGUGGCCAGCCACGCCACUCAAGAAGCAUGUGUUCCCUUAAGUUGACUCAUACAACUAACAGUCAUGCUUCCGGAUUUUUUUUUUUUUUGUCAACAUUAAACUAACAGCAUUAAUAUA